AUGUCAACUUAGUAUAGAGUUCCUUCUAAUGACAAUUACAUUCGUGAUUUAGAAAAUAUCUCUUAAAGGUAUAAUUAAAACAUAAUGAAAGAGAGCGUCAUGGAUUAUUUAAUUAGCCACCACCUUUAUUAUUGGGGGAUUAAUAUAACGAUGCUUUGAAAAGUAUUCAAUAUUUUCUAAUUAUGAAGGCUAAGGCAAAGAGAAAGGAAUUCUAAUUAAUAAAAAACUCUAAAAAAAACAUGAACCUGCUUUGUUUUCAGAACCUGGCUAUACAACAUUAAAUGACCCAUAUAAAGAUUCAUUUAAAGCUAAAUAAAUUUAUGAUAAAGAGAAAGAAUUGGCUAUUAAAAAUCCCAAUAGUUUCAAACCAAAUGACNUUUGCAGUUGUUGAAUCAUUAAGAGUAAUAAUGUUAAUUACAUUUUAGGAUUAUGUUUAUGAUCAAUCUAUGUAUUUAUAAGAAUUAUAUGAUCAAUAAAACUCAAAGACUGAAGAUAACUAUAUAUAUAUACCACCCAUGCCUAAAUUUGCAACAAACACUCCUGUUACACUUGAAAGUUUUACCAUUUGGAAGAAGAAGUUUGAUUAAGAGAUUUAUGAAAUUAAAAAGAGAGAAAAGAAUUUUACAUAAUUAGAAGAAAUGAUGAAAAAAAUUAGUGGAAAGUAAUAUUUUGAUAGAAAACAAAACAAAGAAGAUGAUAAUGAAGUCUUAGAAAUUAUUAAUGAGGAUGAUGAUAUUGUUGAAUUAGAAGAUGAAGAUUAUUAAGGAGAAGAAGAUGAUAAUGAUGAAGAAGAUCAAGAUAGACCUGUAAUUAUAUAUUAUUUAUUUUUUAGUUGUAUGAAAGAGAAUAACUUGAAUGAUUUAUAUAAUUAUGC